AUGGGUUCUCUCCAUGUCAUGCCCUUUUGGCAGGUCAACUGUCCUCCUCAUGAGUUGACCGCUGAGUGCCCCCCAUUUCUCGCCCUUCUCAACGAAAAGGACCGCCGUAUUGUUGGUAUGCCAGAUUCCGCCUUUAAGCUCCUCACAUGGGAGCAGGUCUGCGGGAUUGUUCGAGAGAACCGUCUCGAGGCCUUCCAGAGAACGCCCUCGGAUCUAAGACGCUACAAGGCUUUCACUUUCAAGCUGGCAAAGCAACACGGCAGCGUUGCUAGCUUCAUUCUGCAAGAACGAUUGCGGUGGCAGACUCCUAUCCAGCCACGAGGGUACCCUUUUCAGUACGCAGAAGACGUAAAGAUUCUGUGGAACGACUGGCCCUACGGAUUGGACAAGCGAGUCGUCCAUCUUGUUGUGUGGACCAAAUUUGAGCUCGAGGCCAAUCAGACCAGCGGUGACUUGACCGACAAGGCGAAAGCAGAGGUUGACGCGUUUGUAACCAGGACAUUCCGAACACGGGUCCCAGCAGAGAACGUUGUGUGGUUCAGGAAUUGGGCUGCGCUCAAGUCCAUUCACGCUGUGGAACACUUCCACGUCAUGAUGUAUGAUCCUGACCCUGGGUUUGUCCGCGAGGUGACCAAUGGCGACGUGGCCCUCUCUGCAAAGGCCGAUUUGUAA